UGUAUUCAUUCCUUCGCAACACCUCGGAAAUUAUUCAUGCAGUAGGAAAAAAUGGCAGCCGUGAGACUUGCAAAGCUGUUAUCAUAUUCUGCCGUUAUUUACUCCUUCCGAGAACUAUAUGUCUAAAUUUUGACGUUUAUUACAACAAUGGACGAUUCCAGCAUUCCUAGUCUGUUGAGCAGUGAUGUACAAGGGAACAGCAACCUUGACCUUGAGGAUGAGCUGAGUAGUUUCCGUAGUCAGUGGCAACAGGAGAUAAAGUCAAGGUCACCAAGAGGUCAGCCAGGGACCACUGACUCACAGAAUGACUAUGUCUUAGAGCAGGCAAAGGUUUUGUUUCUGAAAGGCUCACAGUUGGAGCAGUCUGGACGACUUUAUGAAGCUGUUGAAUUCUACAAGCGUGCAACCCAGCUAGUACCUGAUAUUGAGUUUCAAGUCGACUUUACAUCUCUCCAUGGUCCAAGAGAGAGACAGGAAAGUGAGAGUUCUAUAGGAAGUGUAGACAAUGAAGAGCUUGAAGAUAAGCUGAUGGAACACCUGCAGAGCCUUCAGUUGUCUGAGGAUGUCAACAGCAGAAAGUCCUGUCACCCAGAGUACGAUCAGAGGACUACCCAUAUCUCUGUUUUACCUGUGGAACUUUUGAACUACAUCCUGCGUUGGGUCGUGUCUGUUGACCUUGACAUGAAGUCUCUUGAAAAUUUCUCAGAGGUGUGUCGAGGAUUUUACCUGGCAGCCAGGGAUGAGGGAAUCUGGCGGUCAGCGUGUCAGAAGGUGUGGGGGUCAAAUACUGGGAAGUGUAAGAAGUUUGGGGGCUGGAGGAACAUGUACAUACAACGCCCACACCUCCUGUACAAUGGUUGUUACAUCAGCAAGCUAUCUUAUGUGAGGCCCGGGGAGAAGAGUUUGGAUAAUUUUUACCGGCCCUUCCAUGUGGUCGAGUACUACAGAUAUGUCCGCUUCUUUCCUGACGGUGCUGUGACAAUCAUGACCAGUCCAGAAGAUCCCCCGAGUGUACUCCCGAAACUGAAGCACAAGUAUACCAAGGACACGGGCAUGCUAACAGGAGUCUUCAAACAGAUCGGGGACAGGAUGACUGCUGUGUUAAAGCGAGUAAAGACGAAGGACCAGACGAUCCCCUACUACAAAAAACACCAACGUCAGCGGAACAACAAUGAUAUGGAAAUGACAUACUACGUGGAGCUUGAGCUGAGUAAUGUCGGCAAAAAGAGCUUUGCCAAGCUACAGUGGAUUGACUAUUCCGUCACAACCAAGUACAUGAUGACAGGACAGGAGAACACUUGUCAGCUACUGGACAACAAGGGCUAUCCUGACCUGAUUUUCUCACGGGUUCGGAGCUACACUUCGUCCUCAGAGAUCCCUCUCCUCCUCGAUGAUCAAUGGUGUCACAACACCUAUCCAACUAAUAAGACACUGUUAUUGCCUAACGGUGGGUCAGCCGAGGUUCCCAUUCGUCCCCCAGAGGGCUUGGAGGAAGGGCCGAUAUCCCAGGAUGUCGCAUUAGGGUGGAACCUCACCGAGGGGGUCAUCACUGACACGGAGAUUCCUGGGAGUUUACCAACCAGCCACAAAACCCACGCGGCACCUAUCAGGGAGCGAUCAGCAAAGGUUUUACCGAUUGAAUCCGGACGACUUUUUCUUACAGAGUUGAUCGUCAUCCAGAGUUACCCUAGCAACGCUUUACUGAGAUAUCUCUGUGAGAAGACGACAACCGCUAACGAAGCAAUCACAGUGUUAAUAAUAUUCAUUGCCACCAUCUUUGGAGUGCUCUGUUUCACUUUCCUCUUAUGUAAAGUUUGCUGCACACCUAAAAGACGACCUUCUUACAAGGUAGAAUAUGCCGACCCGAGUGACGUCAUAAUAUCCAGUAGUGGCGCGGAAUAUUCCACGCCCUAUGACACGUGUCAGUCCAAAAAUAGAAUUGUUAAAGUAACCGGUGCUAACAAGAACGCUGGUGGCAAAAGACGAAAAAUCUCCAAGAAAUCAUUUAGUUUUAGAUUUGGCUCUUCCCGAUUAAAAGGAAGAAAGCGUGAGAAUGAUUCAGGAUUUAGUGACCUUGUGGAGAGCGAGGCCAGUAGAGUGUCGGGGCGGGAGGAUCAAUUAGAGGCGAAGGAAACACAAUACAUGGAGAUUCCACUCGUUAAUAUACACGCGCCAGCGUCCAAAUCACUAAGCAAUCCCUCCUACACUUAUGUUGAGGGAAAGACGACAGGACAGCUAGAUAAAAAUAAGAAAGAAACGAGUGUUCGAUUCACUAUUCCGAUAAGUGAACCCAGAGAAAAUCAAAUCUCUACGAAAAAUCCGAGUUUAGAGUCUAACAAUCAAGAGAACCCGUAUGAAUGUUUGUCAGAUAAUGAUAAAAAUUAUUCCACUUGUAAUAUCUCACCGCUUGAGAAAAACAAAGAAAAUCCAUACGCUUUACCCGACUGUGAUACCAGCCAAGCGAAUGCCAAAAAAUCACCAGAAGCAGAUAAACCACAUGAUAGUCCUUACGCAGAAAUAAACCACGAGACUUUGGAAAGACCCAUUCCCUCCGUGACAAAAGAAGAAAGGCUCUACAUGUGAUUUCAGUUCGUCGGAGCAUAAUGGUUUUGCACAGAACUAUUUAUUUUUAAGGGUAAUUAAUUUUGAGACUUAAACUACUAUAGCCUGUCUUAAGUUAUUAUUUCCGUCAUAUUUGGGCGAUUUUUAAUAAAAAUACAGAUACCUGUGGAAGAAGUGCAAUUAAUAUCGAUGAAAAGGAAAAAUAUCCAAAAUAUAUCCAAGAUAUAUUCACUAAAUAUUAAAAAUUCACAUAAACGAAUACAGAUUUUUACAUUUAAAUGGAAAUGUUGACAUCUUUUCUCUAUUUGGAAGUCACUCGGAACAUCUCGCACAAUUUUUAAACGCUUUCAUGUCAGUUAGAAUGCAAAAUCAUCGCAGACUUUUUAUUGUUAGCUUUGUUUUGAAACACGAUAAGCCAGAGGGGGUUUUUCAAAGGAGAAUUCAUUUAUAUGUUUAAUACUGUUGAAUAAUUUAAUACUGGUUAUAACACGGCAUUUGAUUGGAUAGAAUUUAGUUAAAUUUGUAUAACCUGGUUUGCAAACCACAAUAUAUGUCACAAUGCACCAACGUCAAAAACGUACAAAUCCGCUUUGCGUUAUGUUUGAAUUUUGAACAGAUUGAUAUCAUGAUUUUUUAUAUCUUUGCAAUUACUUUCCCAAGGACGUUAAUUCGAUGACCAGAUACUUAAAUAAUACCUGCGAACAAUAAAGAAGAUUGGUGGAUAAGGCGUGUAAAAUGCCCAUACACGGUCAGACAAGCUAAUGAAAAAUUAAAAUAUCAAUAAAUUAAAAAUCGUUAGAAAUUGCGCUUUUGCAAACUUGUAUUAUAAUAUUAUUGAAUGGAUUUAACGGGGAAAAAAUAAAUUCAAACUUUGUUUUUUACGACUGAAUCGAAUACCAUUGGGCAUUUGCGCUAUCUUAUCCCCCUGUCUUCUUUGGUGGUUUCACAAUUGUUCUAUUGAAACCAUUUGUCAGGUUUUGUCGACGAGAUUUUCCAUUUAUUUCAAACUUAGAAUUUUUUUCCUUUCUAGUUGUUAUGGUAAUAUACAUCACAGGGCAUCACUAUAGACUUAAACCAUUAUGAGGACUGGAUGGCUGUGACCAUUUAAAGACUUUAUUAAUCUCCUUAUAAGAAGAGCUUUGCAUAAUGAUCUAAGAAAUUAUUUAAAUUUGAAAUCUAAAAUAUUUUGAAUAUUCUUUCGUAAAUAAUAUCAUAUGGCGUCUGGGUCCAAAAUUGGAAAUAAACUAUUAUUAUUAUAUCAUUAUAUGGCCAAGAUAAUGGUGUCUAAAAGUUCAAAGUAGAUCUGACCGGGAAUUUGUUGAUCAUCCAGCCUCCUUAAUUUAUCAGACCGGUAUCUACAAGACUUGACUAAAAACAGUUGUCAGAAUUACAUAUGUAUUAUAUAUGAACAGAUUUAUUAGAUUGCUUACAUAUUAUAAUUCGUUACGUCCAUGAUAAGCAUUGAGCCUGAUUUAUACAUGAAACUGUUUGUUUUUACAUGUCAUUUCAACGUUAUAAUGAAUCCCUGUGGAAGCACUGGAGAGAUUGGUAUCUUGUUUUCAUUCCAUGUUGUGUUGUUAAUAGUGCUUUCGUGGAUGUAAAGGCAUUGAUAAAUAUAAGAAAAUCCAAUUCAUUUGUAGAUUUCUUUUACAUUAUCAACCUAAUUGUAUGAAUAAAGACUGAAACUAUU